AUGCUCAAACUGCUCAGACGGCGAUUUCACCAGUCUGGCUACAGGAAAGUCGCUGAGGGCCAGUCUAUGCCCUCUGCUAUCGGCAGACUACGUGAGUCUCCUGUAAACCAUCGCACGCCCUUUUUGGUAGCGCUUCGUGCUCGCCAAAAGUUCCUGAACGACUGGUUUCAAACUCACCCCAGCCAGCCUCCCCCGAGCAGAAUAUCCUUUGCCUACAACGACGUGGUGACCCGCGAGGUCGCCGACAGAACACCCAAUGACUCGUUCACGAGCAUUAUCCUGCCUUUCAAGGACGAUCAAUGGUUCCUUGACAGCUACAUUUCGUCGUACGGCCGACUCCGCAUUGGUCAGUUGUUCCAGGAUCUGGAUCUUCUUUCGGGCGUUAUUGCAAACAAGCACUGCUCUCCUGCUCAGCCGGUUAUUGUUACUGCCUCUGUCGAUCGCAUUCUUAUGUUGAAGCGUCUCGACGACGUCAGCCAUCAUAAUGUCGUCCUGUGGGGAUCGGUCACCUGGACAGGCCGAUCUUCUAUGGAGAUUACCAUCCAUGCCGCUACGACAGCUCGCGAGAACCAGGCUAAGCCCCCCACCCGUGAGGAGGUUGAAAACGACGAGACAUUCCUGGUUGCGAAUUUCACCUUUGUCGCUCGCGAUCCAGACACAAACAAGGCCUUCCCCAUCAACCGGUUAGUUCCCCAGACUGAUGUUGAUCACCAGCAGUUUGUGCUUGCGGAAAAGUACAAUCUGCGCAAAAAAUCUGAAGCUCAACGUACCGCACUCGUGAAAUCACCCCCGACGGCGGAGGAAUCAAGGAUCAUUCACGAGCUCUGGAUGCAGAAUGUUGAGUUUAGCAACAACCCAGAAAAACGCCCAGAAACUACCGUCCCCAUGGAUAAAACCCAAGUCCAGUCGGCCAACUUUAUGCAACCUCAAUAUCGCAACCGUCAUUCCUACAUGGUGUUUGGCGGCUAUAUGAUGCGUCAAGCUUUCGAGCUGGCGUUUGCUUGUGCAGCAGCAUUCUCCCACAGCCAACCCCGUUUUGUCUCACUUGAUACAGUUACCUUCAAAUCGCCGGUUCCAGUUGGCUCCGUAUUGUAUUUGGAUGCUUCAGUUGUGUACACUGAGCGAACGCGUAGAGCUAUUUCUGAUGUCGACUCUGCUCCUCAGGUUUGCGAGGGUAUGCUGAUUCAAGUCCGUGUUGCAUCAACCGUUCAAGACCUUGGACAUGACGGGACAAAGAAUGCAGGUGAGUUCUACUUCUCGUACUUUGUCCACGGCUCUUCGCGCACAGUUCUUCCCCAGUCCUACGAUGAUAUGAUGAAGUACAUCGAGGGCCGUCGCCGCAGUAUCGAUAUCACGCAGUACAUUCAUGAUAUGCAUGAUCCUGACGCGGUUGAAGCCACUGAAUAA